AUGCGUAUAAGGACAAUUCUACAACCUCUUCCGCUGGAUGUGGAGACACUCGAAGAAUAUCAGCCCGGGGGUUAUCAUCCCAUCAAGAUCGGGGACGUGCUGAAUGACAGAUACCAUAUUGCAGACAAACUUGGCUUUGGGGGCUAUUCGACGGUCUGGCUUGCCCUAGAUACUCAUCUGAAGCGAUAUGUUGCAGUCAAGGUCAAUAUUGCAGACGCGCUUCCGCGUGAGUCGAAAGUUCUCAAGGCUCUGUCUGCCCCUCUUCCGCCGUCCUCGUCCGUACAUCCUGGACGUGGAUUAGUGGCUGCUUUCCUAGACGAAUUUAAAGUGCAAGGUCCUAAUGGAAAACAUAUGUGCUACACGAUGACCCCUGCACAAUGCAAUCUUAGAGAAAUCUCUUUUAGUCGUAUCUUCCCCCUCGAGGUUGCUAGAGCACUACCGUAUAGACUUACGCAGGCCGUUGCUUAUACACAUUCUCAAGGAUAUGUUCACGGAGAUAUACAUCUAAGCAACACUUUGGUCAAGCUCCCGUCAAGCUUCGAUGACCCCUCCAUCAAGCAAUUUUAUGAAAAGUAUGGUGAGCCAGAGACAGUCCCUGUCACUCGAUGUGACGGGGAACCAUUACCUCCCAAUGCGCCAGCCAAGGCAGUGGUACCGCUGUUUCUAGGGAAGUACGCAGAGGAGUUCACAUUAAGUGAUGCGCAUCCACUUCUGAGUGACUUUGGCGAGGCGUUUGCACCCACUUCGGAGACUCGCCUGGGACAAGACUGCCACACACCACCCGCAUUUCGAGCUCCAGAAGCCAAAUUCGAGCCGCAGACCCCGCUCUCGUAUCCCUCAGACAUCUGGAGUCUGGCUACGGCUAUUUGGGAGAUCAUCGGGAUGAAAGCCAUUUUCAGCACCGAGUUCGUUCCUGCGGAUGAGAUCGUGUCUCAGCAUAUCGAUGUGCUUGGACCUAAGCCUGCGGAGUGGUGGCGGCGCUGGGAAGGACGACCCCGAUUUUUCGACGAGGAUGGGUGUCCGAUAGAGUCCUAUCGGCAAAAUCAAUGGCCUCCGCUCGAGGAGUCAUUUGAGGUCGGUGUGCAGAAGUGGAGACGGAGAGUGGGAGACGAGAUUGGGGAAGACGAGAAAGCUGCGUUUCUGGAUCUGAUGCGUCGAAUUCUGUCUUUCCGGCCGGAAGAGCGACCGACUGCUGAAGAGGUGCUACAGUCGGAGUGGAUGGUUAAAUGGGCAUUGCCUGAUUGUGAGCGGGGCUAG